AUGGGUGACUGGAGCCUUCUGGGGAGACUGUUGGAUACUGCACAGGAGCACUCCACGGUUAUAGGCAAGGUCUGGCUGACGGUCCUGUUCAUCUUCCGAAUCUUGUUGCUGGGAGCUGGGGUGGAGUCGGUGUGGGGAGAUGAGCAGUCAGGUUUCACCUGCAACACCCAGCAGCCGGGCUGCAUGAACGUGUGCUACGACAAAGCCUUCCCCAUCUCCCACACCCGCUUCUGGGUGCUGCAGAUCAUCUUCGUGUCCACGCCCACCCUCAUCUACCUGGGGCACGUGCUGCACAUCAUGCGCAUGGAAGAGAAGAAGAGAGGCAGGGAGGAAGAACAGGCAAAGGGAAAGAGCGACCAUGGCCAGAAGGAUAGUCCCCAAAUGCGGGACGACCAGGGAAAGGUCCGAAUCGCUGGGGCCCUGCUCCGGACCUACAUAUUCAACAUCAUCUUUAAGAUGCUGUUUGAAGUGGGGUUCAUUGUUGGGCAGUACUAUCUGUAUGGCUUUCACCUGGAGCCACUCUACCGCUGUGACCAGUGGCCCUGCCCCAACCUCGUGGACUGCUUCAUCUCCAGGCCCACAGAGAAGACCAUCUUCAUCAUCUUCAUGCUGGCCAUCGCCUGCCUGUCCCUCUUACUCAACGUGCUGGAGAUAUACCACCUGGGCUGGAAGAAGCUUAAACAGGGCAUGACCAACCACUAUGACCCAGAGGCCGCUGAAUCCAGGGUGGGGGCCAUGAUAUCUGGGGAUGUGCCCCCACUCCCCUCCCAUUAG